AUGAACCCCUCGGCGCACCAAAUAGGCAUGCCUGCAACACCAAAACCCAAGAAAUGCCAGAAGGCAUGCGAGCGAUGUCGGUCUAUGAAAGUGAAAUGCUCUGGAUCCAGUCCUUGCACAAGAUGUGCUCGGAGGAAGAAGCCUUGCCACUUUCCAGUGGAGGAGAAUCGGAUUUCGGUAUCGGAACGAUACCUGCGCGAAUUGGAAGCGCAUAUCAACAGAAGUGGAAGCUCUGGGCAGAAUACUGUCUUACCACAUCCUGAUCACAGUCCCCUAGAGGAGACCUUGUUUAUGGGAAAUGAGGAUACAGAAAUUCCUCCAACUCCCCACACGUCUGACACUUUGCUUGAAAACCAAGCUCAUAUUGGCUGGCAGCCGGCCCGUCAUGGUAGGAAUGGGCCCGCCCUUACAUACACCAGAAACCCCCCCGGAGAGGAUAUGAGGACAAUCGUGCCAUCACGCAUACUUCCCACCAAUCUAGAUUCUCCAAGAACCCUUUGGUUGAUCGAGAUCCCUCUUUUGCACAAACCCCAGAUGGCCGAUUUUGUACGGUACAUGGGACCAACAUCAUCAUGGUCCUUCUGUCGCCGUGUCCUUGCACUGAUAGGGAGAAAAGUGCCUGAGUCAAACUGUCCACCAGAUCCAUUCCAUAUUGAUGGCACCGCCUUCAAGUUACACUGGCGACCGUUCCCGCCAGACGAAGUACCCGACGUUACUAAUCUACCUCCAUUGGACUAUGCACUGUUUUUAUUCAACACAGUUAAAUUCUACUUUGGGUUUCUUUCAUUUAUGAUCGACGAGACAUCUUAUUUACGAGAUCUGCAUCAGUUCUACAAAGAUCCGGCAGCCAAAGCAUCUUCCGCCAGGCCAUGGUAUUGCCAGUAUUUGCUCGUGUUGGCAUUUGGAAAAGCAUUUUUGACGCAGAAGAAUCAUUCUGGGACUCCGCCAGGUCACCAAUACGCAUCACGAGCGAUGGCUCUGUUACCAGAUUUGUCUGGCAUUGAUGAAAACCCUCUGGCUUGUAUCCAGGCUUUGAGUCUGGGUGCUGUCUAUCUUCAAUCAAUAGAUAUGAGGAGAGCAGCGUUUCAACAUAUUGGUCAUGCUCUGCGUGGUUGUAUCAUUGAAGGCAUUCAUCGACAUGUACCCGAGGAAAUAUGUGGGCCUAAACUAUCACAAAGGUGUAGGACGAUAUUCUGGGUGGUAUACAUGCUCGAUCGCGAGUUCUCUGCUCUGAUCGGUGCACCGAGCUCUAUUCGAGAUGAGGACAUCACUGUCAAGCUACCGGCGGAGAUGGACAACUCGGUGGAACAUAUCAACCUGACAUUACAUGUUCGACUUUCGCGACUGAUGGCUACAAUUCUGACCACCGUCUACGGAGUAGAUAAUGACUUCGAUGACACACUUGUGCGAAGCACGCAGUCGAUCCUUCAUAGCAUGGCUGAGCUCUCGCAAGAUUUGACAGAUUUUCUUGACACUCAUUUCCACGGCUUAAUCAGUCGGGCCUCAAAAAUGGCGAUCAGAUUGAUGCUGGCUCACCAUCAUUGCGUGGUUUUGACGACAAGGCCACUAGUCAUGUGCGCUCUUCAUAUGCACAUUGAGCGAACAGAGCGACAAACUUCUCAAACAAUUGCUCUAUCUAAUCCUGUUUCAUCCCUUUUACAAUGCUGUGCCGAGUCCGCACAGACAAUUCUCCAGACCCUUCGUGUUUUAGCCGACGAUGAUUUAAUGGAUGCAUUCUUACCAUUCCAAAUCGAAGAUGCAUCGUCUUCUGCAUUCGUUCUAUACCUGAUUCGUGCAAUUGCACCAUCGGUCAUUUCAAAUGACGCCUGGUGCGAAAAUUUGGAAUGUGUGUUGGACAAGUUGAUAUCAAAAGGAAAUUUGGCUGCGCCUCUGCGGAGGCUUGAGCUAAGACAAUUGGAGCAUGUGUUGGCGCCUUUGACGCCAAAGCUGUCUUACCGACCUCCGCCCAGAGACAUUCAUGAGGAAAAUGAAAUUAACGAGGAAUCCUAUAUGUUUGACCAGGAAGAAUUCGAGUGGGAUAUGCUCGGGCUGAAUUCUUCCGUCAGUCUUCCACCACAAGAGCUGUUAGAUCUUGCCGAUCAGCUGGAUGUGGAAGGUAUCAUGCAGUCUGUCGGGGGUUGA